AACUACAUAUAUUUUUAUUAUCAAUAAGUUAAUUACAAAUAGUUCUGCAAAUAACAUUUUUCGAAAUUUUCCAAUUAUCUGAACACAAAAGAAAAGUGUAGAAGUAAAAUGCUCAACAUUUGCGAUACAGCCCCCACCACAUCUGGCCUGAGAUGGAAUGCCUAUCAUUUGCACAUUCCCCUUUAUGUUCUGGAUGUUAUACGUUUGUUUCAGGAUCAUCCCAAAUACGCCAAAGGUAUUCAGGAGGAACAUAUUGUGGCAAUGUUGGAGAAGGAACCCUUUGCCAACGGCGACAUUGCGGCCCAGGUGAAAACAGCCCUCCGUGAAUUAACCGCAAUUGGUUUUGUUCGUUAUGUGGCGCAACAAGGCUUUCGUACCCUCGGCCCCUUUGCCAAACUUAGCCAGGCUCGCACCAAACGUCAACAGGACAAGGCAUGGGAAUAUUUGCAUGACAUGCACAAAACAAGUUUGAGCGAUUUGAAAGCAUUUCCCAAUCUAAGGAGUAAAGCGGGUAUUUAACUGUCAACCACAAAUAGCUUCAAAUUGAAAAUGCACCAAUACAAAGCAAAAGAAAAUGGUCCCCUCCAAAAAUAGAAAAAUUGAUUUCGAUGACAAGCAAAAUUACCGCAGCAUAAUUGAAAUGAGGUUUUGAAAAUUGAUUAAGAGUUUAAAAGCGUUUUGGGUUUAAACAACGUAUUUGUGGUUGGGAAUCAUUUAACGGGGAAUUUUAAUUCAAAUAAAGAAAAAACAAC